AUGCUAUCAACCUCCAAUUCUGUACAGACAUUGGCGCAAAAUAAAACGGCGAUAGAAUUAGAACAAAGACCAACUGUAAAGGAGAAAAAGACCAACAAUCCUAAUAGUCUAAACCAGAGUAAAGGCCAACAAAGAAAAUCUAAAGAUGUUGAAGAGUUAAAAAAAUACAUAUAUGAGCUGGAAAACAGACUUAAAGAUAGAGACCAGACAAUAAACCUCUUGGAACGAAAAAUGGCACUUUUAGAAGGUAACAUACUAAUAGCAAAUCAACAGAUAAGAAAUAGUGAACAGACUUAUCACAUGUUCAAUCAACAACCAAACAACCAAGCAAAUCAAAGUGGAUGCCAAUCUCAAUGUCAAUAUCAGCACCUCUCCAACAACAUGCGUGCAUUAGAACAACAGAUGUCUCAGCAUAUAUGUAUUACUACUGCCCUGACAACACAGCUUGCAAUACAAUUGCAACAGUCUCUUUCAUCAACAAGGAACCAAAUACCACCAGUAAAUAUCAAUAUGGUACCACAACCAGCUCCGUACAUACAAGGACAACCGCAUCUAUACCACCAAUAUCCGAUUUAUAAUCAUGCUUCUCAACCAAAUAUGCAGGCAGGACUAUUCAAUCAAUAUCAUGUUCCGCAAGCUACUAACUUUGCAUUCCAUCCUAGUCAAGGAAUCAACAACUUGAAUGCAGCCCACUAUAAUCAGUACAUACAUCAAAGUACUCAUGGUCAUCCAAGUAGAAAUCAUGUUAGACCAACACAGGCUUCAUAUCAGAACCAAAAUAGACAAUCAAAUGGGCAAAUUCCACCACCGCCAACAUACCAUCAAGCCAAUCUACAAAGAUCAUCUCAUUACCAUCAAAAUAGAAACAACAACCAAACAAUGAUGACUCAACAUACCAACACAAACGCUAAAGCAUCAAGCAAUAUAUUGGAAAAACAACAAGCUAAUACUACACAUGUAUUACAUGCUGACAAUUCAACAAAAGGCGUUGCUCAAGUUCCAACAAUUAUAUGCUCUGAUGGACAAAACAAAAUGGUGCAUAGAAAUAACAUAAAAACUCACCACAUCCCAGUUAGACAACCAACAACAGAAAGCAAGCAUCCAGAAGUAACAAUAACUGAGAACUUUCAAGUGUCAGCUUCAUUAGUACAAUCAGAAGUAGCUUCUAUGCCUGGUGAAACGAUCAAGGAAUCAAAUCAAAUAGUUCAUCAGGAAGAAAAUUCAAUCAAACAAAUGACGGGAAACAAUCAAGAUGCAAUGGAUGAAGGAAGACAGAACCAAUCAAACUCUUUUUUAGAAAUUCCGAGCCUCAAGAACAAACCACCAGACAUCCUCAGAAUGGGCAUGGCAACAGAAACACUCAACAGUCACGGCAGAGAUUAA